AUGUUCGGCGCAUUAAAUCGCUUUAUUGGCCGGUUAGACGGGGAGCCUGGUCAACAGCCUCGAAACGGCCCUAGUGACAACGCAUUCGGUUUCCAGGUCCUCCGCAACAAAGACCCGGAACUGCCUCUAGAGCCAUGGUUUGACUUUAUCGUAGGCAUCAACGGUCAUACAAUUGAAGAUCCAGACCCGAACCUCUUUGCGACAGAAUGCCGAAAUUGCGCUGGAGGAAGCUUGACACUUGAAGUAUGGAGUGCGAAGGGUCAACGAACACACACAGUCACUCACCCUAUACCACCAACGAACCCCUCCCUCGGUCUCGCACUGCAACUUGCUCCCCUCUCUUCUACACAACAUAUAUGGCAUGUUAUUGCCAUUCCAUCGCCACUUAGCCCCGCAUACCGAGCCGGGUUGCUUCCUUACUCAGACUAUAUCAUUGGAACCCCUAGCGGGACGUUAAGAGGGGAGUCGGCACUCGGGGAGUUGGUUGAAGAUCAUCUAAAUCGCACGCUGGUUCUGUGGGUUUACAAUAGCGAAUUCGAUGUGGUUCGUGAGGUCGAGCUUGUCCCUACCAGGGGCUGGGGGGGCGAAGGCGCCCUUGGUGCAGAGUUGGGAUACGGUGCUCUUCACCGACUACCUAUUGGACUUGGAGAAGAGGUUGAGGGACCAGGGGAGGUUGUAUUCGAGACACGCGAGGAUGGCACUGCUGCCCCAGUGGGUGUCCCUGCAAGCGCUGUCCCUGGAAUUGCAGCUUCAUCGGGUAACUUCCUGGUUCCAGCAAACAUUACAGCACCACCGCCCCUGGCCUCCGCUCAAGCAAGAGGUGCUUCGCCCUUGGAGAGCAGAUCGCCCGCCGGCCGUCGUGCAGGGAAAUCACGGCCAGCAGCAUCCCCCAACAGAGCCUUUGACGAUUACUUUGCCGAGGGUGAAGAGAAAAGCCGGGCGCAAGACUAUGCGCCGUCACGGCAUGGAACUCCUCUACCUCCGCCGCCGAAGGCAGGAGUCUCACCUUCUCACACGGAGAGCCCUGCACCGGAAGGAUCACCAGGACCUGCGCAGGAAGAAUGA